AUGCCGGCUACAGGCACGAUGCUCAGCUGCUUUGCAGCACACCUCACACAAUCGGUUCAACCACAGACAAUUCAUGUCUACAUGGCCGCAGUACGCAACAUGCAUCUCGAAGCCGGAUUCCGAGAUCCAACAAUGAACGCAUUGCUGCUGCCACGUGUUAUGCGAGGCAUCAAGAGGACGGCGACUGACCCAGCAAUCCAGCGCACUCGCCUCCCAAUCACCAUUGAUUUGCUGCGGAAGCUCCUCAACCAACUCAGCCUGGACCAACGGCGUCACCAGCAGGACAAGGGCAUGCUCAAGGCGGCAAUGGUGCUCGCCUUCUUCGGAUUUCUUCGAUGCGCUGAAUUCACUGCGCCUCCAGCCGGGUUUGACCCUGCCACUCAUGCCACGCGCCAGGAUGUGACUCUGGAUGUCACUCAAGGACGUACAUAUAUCCGCUUCCACAUCAAGCAAUCGAAGACGGACCGACUCCGUCAGGGCCAUGCAGAUAAUCGGUAG